AUGCGCCUGAUCGUGCAUGAAGGCGUCAAGGCGGCACUGCAGGCUGGACGGCCCGUUGUUGCACUAGAAUCAACUAUCAUCACACAUGGCCUACCACGGCCCAUCAAUUAUGAGAUGGCGGUCGCUGCCCAAGAUCAGAUUCGCCGCGUUGGUGCAGAGCCAGCGACUAUAGCUAUCCUGGAUGGCCGCGCUCACAUUGGUCUUGACAAGUCACAGCUCAUGCGCAUUUCCGACAGUGAUCCUGCGCGAACCAUCAAAGCAGGCCGAGGAAGCCUCGCACAAGUUCUUGCCCAAGGUCGAGGCUGGAUCGGCGGCACGACCGUCAGUGGGACUAUGGCCUUAGCGCAAAGAGCAGGAAUUCGGAUUUUUGCUACGGGAGGGAUUGGCGGCGUUCAUCGCGGUGCAGAGUCAUCCAUGGAUGUGUCAGCCGAUUUGACCGAGCUGGGUCGGACCCGUGUGGCUGUAUUUUGUUCAGGUGCCAAGUCAAUUUUGGAUAUCCCACGAACCCUUGAAUACCUCGAGACACAGGGCGUUCCAGUAUAUACUUUCAAUCCGUCGGGUGAGUUUCCCUGCUUCUACACAGCCAAGUCGGGUUGUUGGGUGCCCAUCAUGUCGAGUGUCGAGCAAGCUGCUGAAGUAAUAGCUUGCAAUGAGGCGCUGCAACUUCAGAAUGGCAUGGUCUUUGGCGUUCCGAUCCCUCGUGAGUUUGAAUCUGACGGUGACGAGAUCCAAAUGGCUGUUGAGCAGGCCAUACGCGAAAGCCACGAACAAGGAAUGGACCGGCUGGGAAAACAAGUCACACCGUGGCUUCUUCGCCGUGUUGGCCAACUGGCCCAAAACUCUGUCCGAAGUAACGUAGGUCUUGUGCUGAACAAUGCGCGCACGGCUGCACAGUGCGCUGUUGCACUUGCUGGUCCGCAAUAUUCGUCUGUUGCGCAGGUGUACGACGGUCAUGGGCCGAAAAAGACGUCUCAAGUGAUGGUAUUUGGCUGUGCUUCUGUGGAUAUUACCGCACAAUCACGACAAAAACAAAUGUUUGCAUCGUCGACGACGCCGGGACGAAUCCACGCGUCAGCUGGUGGUGUAGCGCACAAUGUUGCCAGAGCCACCCAUGCUCUCAUCAAAGAUAAGCAGGCAGUAGUUUUGGUUGCACCGAUGGCUAACGACGUCUUCGGUAAGGUGCUUCUACAAGACAUGCUCACUGUGUCUUGCAUGCGUACAGACGCGCUCGCCCCCAGUUCUCACACGGCUAUAUGCAACCUUUUGCUUGGUGCACAUGGCGAACUUAUUCAUGGAAUCGCAGACAUGGAGGUGGUCGAAAAGUCGCUAACGCCACAAGUUGUCACCGAAAAACUCCGUCAGUAUAGGCCCCAGUUUAUCGCAGCCGAUGCGAACUUGAGCCCUGCCUCACUAGCUGCCAUUCUAUUGCACGCUAAAAGCGAGCGUAUUACAUACUUAUACGAGCCAACAUCCGUGAAGAAAUGCGAGCGAAUCAUUGAGGCGAUGCAAAUUCUUCAACAAAUGCACAUGGUUCCUAUUAUGACGCCGAACCAGUACGAACUUGCGCGCAUGGCAGCUCGAAUCCGCCAUGUAUUUCCGCGGGUGUUGAAUACUAUGCAAAUCAACAAUCUCUCAAAUUCAACGCAAUUACCUCAAGAAUUGAUCGAGGACGCAUUGACCAUGACUGUUGUUGCACAUACACAAUUCAUCAAACUUGGUGCGCGCGGCGUGCUUCUAGUCACGCAAAAUUCAGUUGGACAGCCCUACGACGUGAAUGUUGUGCAUAUACCAGCUACGAAAAUACCUUCAGACAAAUCUCUUAACAGCACAGGGGCUGGGGAUUCGUUUGCUGGAGCGAUCGUUGCGCAUUUAAACACGUUAGACACUGGAUUUUACCAGCUUACACUUCAAGACCUGAUUCAACUAGUACACAGGGGCCAACGUGCAGCAGUUCGCUCCUUGACGAGCUCGAAAGCCGUUGCUGAUGAAAUUUAG